UAAUCUGAUACUUAGACAGGAUGCUCACUCAGUGACAAUUUGUGAAGCAAGAUGUUACGGUCAAUUGCAGUGUUGGUGGCAGUCCUGGCUAUUUCAAAUGCUCUCCCAGCAGACCAUGUGAUAGCCAAAUUAGACCCUGGACCCCGCUACCAGUAUAUGACUGGACCUGAUGGUCCGGAGCUGGUGGACCUGUGGUUGAAGACCAGCGACGUGUUGGCUGCUGCAAGAUACAACCCUGAUGUCAAUAAUCAUUACCAUCUUUUCACCAGAUCCAACCGUGCCGUAAGCCAGCCAAUCCCACUGGGCGCUGAGACGGCACUCAGAAACUCUCACUUCAAUCGCAACAGGAAGACAGUGUUCCUCAUCCACGGCUGGAGAAACACACCUACUUCCGAUUUUAAUACGCAUCUUAUUAGUGCAUACCUGACGGCUCAGGAUGUGAACGUGAUCAUGGUGGACUGGAGUUUCGGAGCAGCCGGAGAAUACUUGCCUGCACAGACCAACACCAUCAGGUCUGGAGAGCACGUGGCUCGCUACAUAAACUGGUUGAACGCUGCCAGUGGCGCCAAUCUGAACAACUACCACAUAAUUGGCCACAGUCUUGGAGCUCACCAAUCCGGUGUGGUGGGCAGGCAGCUGGGUGGACGAGUGCCUUAUAUUACAGGCCUGGACCCCGCACUCCCCGGUUGGGUAACCCACCCUCAAGCCUUCCGAUCUACUGAUGGUAUCUACACGGAGGUAAUGCACACUGAUGCUGGACUCUACGGCAUCGUGAACCCAGCUGGUGAUGUCGACUUCUACCCCAAUGGUGGGAGCUGGAUGCCUGGGUGCGGGGACCGGAAUUGUAAUCAUCAUCGGUGCAUCUUCUACAUGAGCGAGUCUCUAACCAGAGGAGGGUUCACGGGCCGCCGCUGUGAGAACCUGAACGCAGCGCUGAACAGCAACUGCAACGGCUCCGGCACUCUGAGGAUGGGAGGGCCCACUGCUAAGACUGGAAACUCUGGAAUAUUCUUCGUGAGGACGAACGCGAAUUCUCCUUACUCCCAAGGUUGAAAGAUUUGAGACCCAAAGACAUUUUGUAUAAUAAAUUCAUUAAAAUAUA